GUUAAUUACUCCACUAAAACGCAACAUUUUUGAAAAUCCUUUGUGAAAAUAUGAGAAGAACCUCUACUCCAAAUCUCAAGUUCGUACGUUGCAUAGUUUUUGAGUUACAGCGAUCAGCGUGCUUUGUCGAUUGGAUAGAGAUGGUCAACAUCCCGCAAAUGUAUGGCAUGUACUUGUUACGCAAAGAGGAAAUGCAGUUAGCUAUCAAUAGUGGAGCGAACGAUGUUGACGAAAUGUUGCUGUACCAUGUGACCUCCAAAUCCAGGGCCCUGGAGUCAUUGAAGAGCGGACUCGACUGGCGUCGUACCCAGCGCUCCAGAUACGGAUGCGGCGUGUCAUUUAGUGACGACGCUGAGUACGCCGACAAAUAUGCUGACAAUUCUACCGACGAAGAUGAACGAGUUAUCAUGAUAUGCUCCGUGCUCGUAACAGAAAUGUACGAGGUCGACCCCAAAUGGAACGAGGGAUACAGCUUGAUUAUUCCACCCGGCUUAGCCGACACAACAGUGAGCCGUAAUGGCUUCGUCUAUGUCAAAUACAAUGAUUUUGACUUCUAUCCCCUGUAUUUGGUGUACUACUCCUAUAAGUCCGGUGAUGAAGACGAUGAUGAUUAUGAUGACGAUGAUGAUUACGAUGACGAUGAUGAUGACGAUGACGAUCUGGGUCUUAAGAAAUUAAUUGUUAAAGAACAAGUUUAA